AAUUGUAUAUUCAAAGAUAAUAAUGGUUACUUUGGUGAAAGAAAAUAUCUGUUUUAUUAUUUAUUAUUUUUCUUUACAGUUGGCAUUGAUCCUUUGAACAGUGGGACAACGUCUUCAGGUACAGGGUGUCGACUACCAGGUAUCCGCCCCUUCUCCAUACUGGGUGGGCCAGUGGGGGCCGGUGCUUUUGCAGGUUUGAGAACAGCUGAAAGUUUACAACAAAGCAAUGCUCCAUCACCUUCUGCAGAAGCAGCUGCCGGUACAAGACAAACUAACCCAGCACCUGGUGCUGGAGGAAGAACAGAUCCUACAAUAACAGUGGUGGUAGAUAAUCCUAAACAUCCAGAUUAUGUCAAUAUAGAUUCUAGAGUUAGCUCAUACCAAGGAUGGCCAGAUUACCUGGAUCAAACUCCGAGACAGAUGUCAGAAGCAGGUUUCUUCUACGAUGGUGUUACAGAUUCCACUCGCUGUUAUUGUUGUGGGGGUCUGCGGAACUGGGAACCAGGUGAUGAUCCGAUGUUGGAACAUACAAGAUGGUUCCCGCAUUGUGAAUAUAUCAACAAAUUGAAAGGCGAGAGAUAUGUGGCUGCAGUACAGAGAUGGCAUCAAGAACAUGGAGGAGAAAGUAUUCCACUACAGCCAACAGAAGAUCCAGAGAGUAGAGAUCGUUCCCUGUUGGCAUUGUCUCAGCCAUGUACACAGCGAGCCCUCGGGCGAACAGGGCAGUCUUAUUCCACUAUAAUAGCACCAAGAAGAAACAAUGUUGCUACAGGCUUUAGAAGUAAUGUUGGCAUUGAUCCUUUGAACAGUGGCAGCUCGUCUUCAGGUACAGGGAGUCAACUACCAGGUAUCCGCCCCUCCUCCUUACUGGGUGGGCCAGUGGGGGCUUGUACUUUUUCAGGUUUGAGAACAGCUGGCCCAAACACAGGUGCACUGACUUCUUUUCCAAGAGCAACAGAAGGUUUACAACAAAGCAAUACUCCAUCACCUUCUGUAGAAGCAGCUUCCGGUACAAGACAAACUAACCCAGCACCUGGUGCUGGAGGAAAAACAGAUCCUACAAUAACAGUGGUGGUAGAUAAUCCUAAACAUCCAGACUAUGUCAAUAUAGAUUCUAGAGUUAGCUCAUACCAAGGAUGGCCAGAAUACUUGGAUCAAACUCAGAGACAGAUGUCAGAAGCAGGUUUCUUCUAUGUUGGUGUAGCAGAUUUUACUCGCUGUUAUUGUUGUGGUGGGGGUCUGCGGAACUGGGAACCAGGUGAUGAUCCAAUGUUGGAACAUACAAGAUGGUUCCCGCAUUGUGAAUAUGUCAACAAAUUGAAAGGCGAGAGAUAUGUGGCUGCAGUUCAGAGACGGCAUCAAAAACAUAUGGCUGAGCAACAACGACAACAAAAAGAGAUUGCACAGAGACGAGAUGAGAAUCGUAAUCCUCCCGAUCCAAUGACAACUGAAGCUGCCGCUGUUAUGCGGGAGAUGGGCUACUCUGUAGAUCGGACAAAAGAGGCGAUCUUAGCUGUAAGACUACAAACAGGGUCAUUAGUGGUCACUACCCAACAAGUUCUAACCUGGUUACAGGACGAGGAAGAGAGCAGAUUAACUGGUAAUUCAAGCAAUACAGGAACCAGUAUCCCGUCUUCAGUUGUACACAGAGGAACCAGUAUAGGAACUUCUAUUGUGAACACGACUUCAAGCAUAUAUACUGCAACCUCCAUAGUCAGUGCUGGUACCGCUACAUCUACUGUGAGUUCAUCAUCAGGUUCUGUUGCAGCCGAGGUCCAACAGUCUUGUACUUCAGCUUCUGUUACAGCAGGAGAAAGCUCAUGGGCCCUCUCAGAACCAGCAGACU